AUGAAAAGCUUUAUAAGGAAUUACAGCAGCAGAGCAGUUCCUGUUAGAGGAACAGACCUGCUGCUGGAUGUACACCCAGAGCUAUCUACAGAAGGUGUUGCAACAGAACAAGCAGCAGCAGCAGCAACUGCUGCCAUACAACAGGCGGCCCGCCCGGUAUCAACGCCUGAAGCAGCAGCAGCGGCAGCAACAGCAGCAAGAGCAGCAGCAGCAGCAGCCUGUGCCACCAUGCAGCAGCAAGACGUUUAUAUGGUUUUGCCGCCUCUUGAUUCCUCCCCAACCAGGUUUUUGAAGGUAUUAAAUGGGCCUGAUGACCAACAGGACUACAGCAGUUUUUUGAAGGCUCCUUUGUAUGGAGCUUCUGCUGCUGCUGCAUCAGAAGAGCGACAGCAGCGAGUUGCUGCCAAGGUUAAGCCUAUCUUUACAAAGCCUGCUGCUGCUGUGUUGCAGCAAGUGCAGCAGCCUGCGCAGCAGCAGGGGCAGCAAAGGAAUAUGUGGUGGGCCCCUACUGCCCAGCACAAGCAGCAGCAGCAGCAGCAGCAGCAGCAGCAACUGCUACAGGGACGCAUUAAUUAUGAGCCUGCUGAUGGAGGCACGUACUAUUACAUCCCUAGCUCCGGCCGCCCAGUCGGUGCUCACCCGGAUGCAGCUGUGCGGCAGCAGCAGCAGCAGCAGCAGCAGCACUGGCGGCAGCAGCAGCAGCAGCAAGGCCCCAUGCACGUUCGCGUACAUAAGCAGGGAAACUGCCUAAUGUGGCUGCCGGCCCAAGACAAAUAUUUCUCCCCUUUAGAGUCUGUACGGCAGCAGCAGCAGCAGCAACUGCCGCAGCAGCACCACGAGCAGCAGCAGACAAAGAAUCUGCACAAGCACUGGAAUGCCCAGCAGCGCCAGCGGCUGCAGCAGCAGCAACAACAGCAGCAAUGGCAGCAGCAACAGAAGGAGCAGAUGCUGCAACAACUGCAGCAAAAGGAACUUAGAAGCCUCCACAUAUACUCGGACGGUCUGCAUGCAGCAGCGCAGCAGCAGCAGCAGCAGCAGCUUCAGCAUAAUUAUAGGGAAAAUCCACGUGGCUCUAGUCCUGCGGCAGCUGCAGCGCGAGCUGCUGUUGCUGCAGCAGCAGCAGCCGCCGCAGCAGCAGCUGCUGCUGCUUCUGCUGCAGAUGUUGACAGCGACAGCUGCUCUAGCCAGCGCUCCGCAGACACGGGGCCGUGCUGCGGCAUUGCUGCUGCAUUGCCUACCUUCCUGCAGCAGAAGCUGCUUAUGCUGCAGCAGCAGCAGAGGAAGCAGCAGCACCAAGUAAGGCAGCACCAGAAGCGGCGAUACAGGCAGAAGCAGAAGCAGCAGCAGCAGCAGCAGGAGCAGGAGCAGGAGGAGGACCUGGUGCUGCAUGUAGCAGAGUGGCCUCUAAAGGAUGCAAAAGAAAGGGAUGCCCCAACUGUUGAUUUGCUGCUGCAGAAGGUGCAGCAGCAGGAGCUGCUGCUGCAGCAGCAAGAGGUGAUGCUGCAGCAGCACCAAAUAAAACAGGAAAUUCUUGAGAGACAGAUACAAGCGCUGCAGCAGCGGGAACGGCUAGAGGCGCAUCACGUAGAGCAGCUGCAGCAGCUACAGCAGCAGGAGCAGGAGCAGGAGCAGCAGCAGCAGCAAGAGCCGGCAGAUGAAUCAUUGGUGGGCAGUUCCUCUCCCAAGAGCGCGGAACAGGAGCAGCAGCAGCAACAGCAAAAGAAGUACGAGCAGCAGCAGCAGCAGCAGAAGCAAGGGAUGCCGCUGCAGCAGAAGCAGCAGCAACAGGAUAGCACAACGGGCUGCGAGACCAGCGAUGUGUCGCAGAGUAUCUCAACAGGCCAUCUUCAGAGUUUAGCAGCAAGCUCCCCUGUUGAGGUUUAUUGGUUAGAUAAUGAUGACCUCAGCAUACACCCCAAGGGGGCUGGAGACUCUGGGGUGUAUAGGCAGCUAACAUGCGAUAUAUAUGAUCUAUCUGAGGACACAGGAGUGCUGCCCCUGCAGGCUGCUGCUGUUCCUGCUGCUGAUGAUCAAUGGCUGCUGCUGACUGGCUGCGGGGGCCCCACACAAAAUGCCCACAAGCAGCAGCUGCUGCAGCAAAAAAUGCAGCAGCAGCAGCUGCAGCAGCAGCAGCAGCAGCAAGAAGAAGAAGGAAACAGCCAACCAUCUGUAGAAGAGACAGAUACAGAGAUUGACACAGCAACAAAUGGCCAGCAGCAGCAGCAGCAGGAACGGAAACAGCAGCAGGAACAGCAACGGAAGCAGGAACUGCAGCAGCAGCAGCAGCAGAAGCAGCAGCAGAAACAGCAAGAAGCAAAUGGCCGCGAGAAAGGGGCGACACCAGGAAGACGCUUCACUUCUUGGCGCAGCGCAGAUAGCAUCGGGUGGUCUCGGAGAGAUAUGAAUUCUGAGGUACGACGCGCUGCUGUUGCUGCUGCUGCGGCGGCGGCUUUUGCUGCUGCUGCUACUGCUGUCUUUGCUGCUGCCUUUGCUGCUGCUGCUGCGGCAUUUGCUUCUGCCGCUGCAUGCAUCGGCAGCAGCGUUUCUGCGCAGCUGAUGUGUCUUUGUGAGGUAGGGCGGAGGUACCUUAAGAGCAUCGACCGAGUUGCUCGUUCUAUAGAGCAGCAGCAGCAGCAACAACAGCAGCAGCAGCAGGAACUGGAGCAACUGAGCGACGUGCGCGAGAGGAAGAGAAUAGCUGCAGAAGCAGCAGCAGCAGAAGCAGCAGAAGCAGCAGCAGCACAAUCAGCAGGUGCCGCAGCGGAAGAGGCAACAGCAACAAAGGCAGCAACUGCUGCAUCAGGAGUGGCAGAAACAGCAGCAGCCGUCGCUGCAGCAGCAGCAGCAGCAGCAAGGACAGAGGCGGCCGAAAGCUCUCGCAGUGUUUGA